AUGUUCGACUCCCUCAGCAAGAUGGCUCACUUCGUUCCUGCAAAGAAGCCAUUUACAGCAGCUGACACCGUGGAGCUUCUCGCAGACCGUCUUAUCCGCUAUCACGGUUUUCCAGAGGUGCUCAUAUCGGACUGCGGCCCCCCCUUUCAGUCGUAUCUCUGGCAAGAACUCUGUAGCCGCUUUAACAUCAAACGGUGCAUCUCCUGGCCCUACCAUCCCCAGAGCGACGGCCAAACUGAACGGGUUAACUGCACACUCGAGCAGAUGCUUCGUACCUAUAUCAUAUCUGACGAAUGCGAGUGGGAGCGUUUGCUCCCGGCCUUGGAACUUGCCUACAACACAACAAGUCAUUCAUCCACUGAGCUGUCUCCCUUCGAGGUCAUGACUGGCGAGAACCCGUUGACUGCUGCGGACCUUGAUAUCGUAGGCACGUUAGCUCCUACGCUCACUCCUCCGAUGAUCAAGCUUUUCCGGCAGCUCUGCGACAGAGCACAGAGUCACAUCCUGAAGGCGAAAUGGCAGCAGAAGUACUACGCAGACAAAAGGCGCCGAGUUGUGAAGCAUGCAGUGGGCGACAAGGUCUGGCUCAGUAGCAAGCACCUACCGCCUUUCAAACGCUGCCCUAAGUUCGAGCUCCGUCACCGCGGACCCUUUGAAGUCAUCGAACGCAUAGGGACCGUCGCUUACCAUCUCGCUCUGCCUCCUGCCUAUGAAUGUCAUAACGUUUUCCACGUUUCGCAGCUAGUUCCCCACCGCCCCCGCCCUCCCGCUUUGGUUCCCCCGGCAGCCGACGCGCCUGGCCUCCUAUCCGCGAUACAGCAGGCAAUCCAACAGAGGAUUAUGAAGUCGAUCAUAUUAUGGACCAACGCGGCUCGGGAGAUGAAGCCCAGUACCUCGUGA